UUAUAAUUGUCGUGCUUUCUCAUUCGCGAACUCACACGGGUCGAUUGCUUUACGCAUACGCAGUGUUUUCACGGUUAGUCUAAUCUUAAAGUGAUCAAGAUGUCUCAUUCGAUUUCUCUAUUUUAUUUUCUAUUUGCAUUUCAUAAUGUGUGUGUGGUCGUUGUGUCUCAGAGUAUUUAUAUGUCGUGAAAAAAGUGACAUUCGUAUUGGUGCCAAAAUGCGUUUUAGAAGUUGAAAUGGAAAAUCAUGGAAAAUGGCUUGUCCCUGUCUAAACCAAUCAUAUAACAUUAUCAAGCAGAAAUUGGAACAAAAAAAUAUAUUAAUUAUUGGAGGAGUAAGUGCAUGCUUCAUCAUCCUUGGAAUAAUAUUAAUAAGUUUCGCUUUUAAGUCGGACGGAUAUGAAAUUGUCAAAGAUUAUACAGACUGUUUGGAUAACAAAGCUCCAUAUAAGAUGUGCAAGGAAAAGUUAGUUACUCCGCAAGUGUGUUCCUGUUUUCUACCAGUAGACGUAGAAGAGCUGAUGAAACCACCCGUAACUCUUUUCUACGAGCUGGAGUCGUAUGCUGACAUUAUUAGCAAGUACGCCAACUCAAGGGAUGAUAAACAGCUGGCUGGUGAGCUGAUCACUACUUCGUCCAGUUGCCAUAACUACACUUACGCCAACACGACGGAAGGCAAGAAGCUCAUCGCACCAUGUGGAGCUCUUGCAGAUGCUAUGUUCAAUGAUACGUUUAGUAUGCAAAUAAACAACACGUACUUAAUAGGUAUUCGAACUGGUUUGUUAUCGGAAGAAGAUAAAAAGCCGUACCGCAAUCCACCAGGAGACCUCAACACGGUUUUUCAGAAGUAUGCGAAACCGAUAAACUGGGAAAAUAGCCCUACGAUGUUAGAUGAAGACCACCCCGAAAAUAAUGGAUUUCAGAAUGAGGCGUUCAUAGCGUGGAUGAUGACGGACUUGUAUCGGAAACCGGUCAUGCGCAUUAACCACACGGGGUACUACGAACAAGGUCUUCCGCCGGACAAGUACAUGAUACGAGUCAGAUAUGCAUAUCCUGCGUCCCGUUACAGUGGUCGGCGGAAAAUCAUCGUCAGUUCUCUCCGCGAGUGGACAAAUAAUGUUUUACUUAGUUUUGGUAUCAUCUCCUUAGUACUUGGCUUAGCGAUUGUAGCCGGAACAUUUUACUUGAGACGUAGAGAGCUAGUUAGCUAGCCGCUAGUAACGAUUGAACGAUCCAAACGAUAAAUUAGAAGUCGGUGCCACAAGCACUAAACAAAAUUAUAUUCGUUUUCAAAGUUAGUAAAUUUUUGAUGCAAAUAACAUUUUAAUGUUUAAUGGAAUAAUUGUUGAAUCUACAAAAAGAAGUGUAUUCAAACAUUACCUUCACAGAUACUGAUACAGAGUUUUUUAAAAACCUUGAUAACCUCAUAGACCUAAGACUGACUGUACGACCCAUCGUAAAGUGGCGGAGACGCGGAGAGUAUACGGAGAACAAAACGGCAUUUUUCAUCCGACCGCCAACCUUUACUAUACGGCAUACGGAUGACGGAUUCGUCGUUCAUCUCCGCCGGUUUUCGCUGGGCCUAAUUAUACCAACUUGAUUAAUGUUAGUCUAUAUAAAUAUUUUUACAGAUCUUUUAAUGUUUCUUGAUAUUUGGCCGAAUCUCUGUUAUGUCAUUACAUACUAAGAAUAAAUGAGUCUGCUAUAUAUUAAUACGUGAUGCAAAAACUUUGGACCCCUUUUUACGAAAAUUGCGCGGACGUAGGAGCAUAAAAUUUGGUACACUUAUAGUUUAUGUGUAGGAGAAGUGGAGAACGCUAAUAUUUUUCAAAAAUAAUGCUUAUAAAGUAAACAAUCAUUAAAUAAAACAUUAUACACACUACCAUGCAUAGUAUCUGAUCGUAUUUGACAAAAUGUCAAAAUCGACAGACAUAUUUAACAAAACGUCAAAAUCGACAGACAUUGUGAUGAUAUUCUCACGUCUCAUAGGAAUAGAGUUUUCCUGUUCAUGAUGCGCCAGAAUAUAUUAAUUUGAAUUUUACAAAACUAAUAGCAAUUCAUUAAAUAAAAAUUAUCCUUGAACGUAUGUUAAGUGGUAUGUAUUGUAAAUUUAAUCGUAUAUGGUCGAAUUUCGACCACUAGGCGACCACUAGUUAAUGUUAGUCUAUAUAAAUAUUUUUACAGAUCUUUUAAUGUUUCUUGAUAUUUGACCGAAUCUCUGUUAUGUCAUUACAUACUAAGAAUAAAUGAGUAUUAAAUUAAUAUAAAAAUGUAAUAUACAUACAAAUUACACUGAAUAACAAACAAUGUAUUUACACUAGUUAGUCAGACGUUAACUAAGUAUUAUUUUAUUCCAAUGUAGUCUAGGGAACCUGUGGCAUCAAGCAGUAUUUUUUUGAUUUGAAAAAUUAAAUUAAAGAUUAUUUUUUAUUUGUAUAGAAGCAUUAUUUCAAAAUUGUAAGUGUACAUAUGCGGGCACUAUGUUUGAAACAAACCGCUAUUUUAUUUUAUAUUCUUUACAAAUUGGUUUUAUUGUCCCAUAGUUUUGACGUCGUAUUGUCGUUACAUUGUUCCUUCAUAUAUAUACAAUAG